UAUGGAAAACAGAGCUAUGUUGUCAAUGACAUGGCGUUCUCACCGGACUCCACCAAAGUUGCCAUCGGCCAGUCCGACAACAUCAUCUUUGUCUACAGAAUCGGAGAGGAUUGGGGAGACAAGAAAGCCAUUUGCAACAAAUUUGUUCAGACGAGUGCCGUGACUUGCUUGCUUUGGCCUGCAGAGCAUGCAAUUGUUUAUGGGUUAGUGGAUGGCAAGGUUCGCCUCGCCAACACUCAGACAAACAAGUCAUCGACCAUCUACGGCACUGAGUCCUGUGUUGUCUCACUGGCAUCCAAUGUCUCUGGUAAAGGCAUCCUGUCUGGCCACGCUGAUGGGACAGUCGUGCGUUACUUCUUUGAUGAUGGAGGCUCUGGGGAGUCUCAGGGUAAGCUGCUGAUGCACCCGUGCCCACCCUACGCCCUGGCAUGGGGUGCAAACAGCAUCAUGGUGGGUGGUUGUGACAAGAAGGUGGUGGCCUAUGGCAAAGAGGGACACAUUCUGCAGACCUUCGAGUACAGCCGCGACCGGACGGAGAGGGAGUUCACCGUGGCCGCCACCAGCCCAAGCGGGCAGUCGGUUGUGUUUGGCAGCUAUGACCG